AUGCCUUGGAGGAUAAACAAGAUUUUAGCAGAGGUUUCAGCAGAGAUAUUCUGCAGUGCAACAUCUGAAAUGACAACCAAGAAGAGGAGCAGCGCUGAGAUCUAUGAUCGCGCUGAGCAGGAAAUAGAGUCACGCAAGACUCUGAAGAAGGCACGUCUGGAAGAUAGCGCUAAGGAGGUAGCACAGCACUCUGCAGAGAAGUCAUACAUGGCUUCAAUGAAGCGGAGCAGAGAGGAGAUAGAUUAUAGCGCUAAGGAGGAUAUAGAGUCAGGCAAGACUCUGAAGAAGGCACGUCUGGAUGACAGUGUUAAGGAGGUAGUACAGCACUCUGCGGAGAAGUCAUACAUGGCUUCAAUGAAGCGAGGCAGGGAGGAGAUAUAUUAUAGCGCUAUGGAGGAUAUAGAGUCAGGCAAGACUCUGAAGAAGGCACGUCUGGAUGAUAGUGCUAAGGAGGUAGUACAGCACUCUGCGGAGAAGUCAUACAUGGCUUCAAUGAAGCGGAGCAGGGAGGAGAUAUAUUAUAGCGCUAAGGAGAAUAUAGAGUCAGGCAAGACUCUGAAGAAGGCACGUCUGGAGGACUUAGAGGAGUCAAGCAAGACACUGAAGAAGGCACACAUAAAUCUUAGCACUAAGGAGGUAGCACAGGGCUCUGUAGGGGAGUCAUGCAAGGCUUCAAGAAAGCGGCGCAGGGAGGAGAUAUAUUAUAGUGCUGAGGAGAUAGCAAAGAGCUGUGCAGAGAAUCAGCUUAAGAAGCGAAAAACAGAUGCAGCAGCAGUUGGCAGGACAACAAACAUCCCUACUACGGAACGCGUAGGGGCCCCUCUGGGUCCGGAGAGCUUCAUCUAUCAUACAGUUAUUGGACAAGGAGGCUGCGGAAAGGUUUUACUGGCGACCCAUCGUGACAGCGGCAAACUGGUGGCCAUAAAGAUGGUCUUUAAGGGCUUAAUAAUGGACUGUGAUCCAAACCUCAUCUACGUCGAGCGUCAGGUCCUGGAGAUGGCUGAGGGCAGCCCUUUCUGCGCUCACGCUUACGCCACAUUCCAAACAGAGGAUUAUAUGUUCUAUGUUAUGGAAUAUCUCAGCGGAGGAGAUCUCUACUACAAGCGAAAAACCAUAGAUCGAGGAGACCUUACCACCAUCAGAAUCCUGGCAGCGGAGCUCCUCUGUGGUCUGGAGUUCUUGCACUCCAACGGUGUAGCUCACAGGGAUAUAAAGCCUGAUAACAUUUUCAUCGAUGGAAGUGGACAUGUGAGGAUCGGGGACUUCGGCUUAUCAGCAACCAACAUGUUCGGAUCGGAGACCGUGACAGGAGCAGUCGGAACGCCGAUUUACUGGGCCCCAGAGGUGAUCCGUUCUGAGCCAUACGACACGACCGCCGAUUACUUCUCGCUGGGGAUUUUACUAUACGAGACGGUCUUUGGAGUUCAUCCUUUCCGCGGAAAAUCCAAGGAAGCAACUAUAGGAAACAUAAUCUGCAAUAAGCCAAGAUUCUGGAGGGGCAUCGACCACGAUUUGGCAAACUUCCUAUGCAGGCUCCUGUGCAAAGACCAGAAUAGGCGAAAAAAGGCCGUGGCCAACAUCCGGCAACACCCAUUUUUAGAUGGCGUAAAUUGGGAGGAGGUGGAGGCACUGAAGACACUCCCACCAUUUGCAAUGCAAUCGAGCCCCAUGAAAAUUACAGAAUCGGUGAUCAAGCUGGAAGACUUAGAAGAACAAAUGCCGGAUUCAGACAUAGACCAGAGAUGGUUCAAUGGCUUUUCGUUUGUAAGUGACGCAUGGAGAGCCAUGCAGCAGGCAGGAUGCAGCCAAACGCACACCGGGUAG